GUCGUUGAUGAUAUAUGGGAUGUGGCUGCAUGGAAUGUUAUUAAGCUUGCAUUCCCCAAGACUAGUUCUCGCAGUAUCAUAAUCACCACUACUCGUAGAAAUGAUGUUGCCGAAUCAUGCAGUUCAUAUUUCAGUGGCAAUAUUUAUGGGGUAAGGCCUCUUACAGUGGUGCAUUCAAAACAGCUAUUUCACAGAAGACUAUUCGACUCCCAAGAAAAUUGCCCACCAUACCUUGAAGAAGUAUGUGAUCAAAUCUUGAAAAAAUGUGCUGGGUUACCUUUGGCAAUCAUCGCUGUUUCUGGUUUGUUGGCUAACAUAGAAAGAACAGAGGACCGAUGGAACCAAAUGAAACAUUCAAUUUGUCGUGCACUUGAAACAAAUCCUUACAUUGAAGGAAUGAUGAAGAUAUUAUCAUUUAGUUAUUUUGAUCUGCCUCCUUAUCUAAAGAAUUGUCUCUUAUAUGUGAGUAUGUUUUCGGAAGAUUCUUUUAUUGAGAAGUAUGAUUUGAUAAGGAGGUGGAUAGGUGAAGGAUUCAUUCAAAAAGAAGACGGAUAUACAACACAUGAGGUAGGAGAAAGGUGUUUUAACGAACUCGUCAAUAGGUGUUUGAUCCAACCCGUCGAGACAAAUGAAUAUGGUAAAGUGAAGGACUGCCGAGUUCAUGACAUAAUUCUUGAUUUCAUAAUAUCCAAGUCCACCGAAGAGAACUUCAUUACUUUCCUUAGUACUCCCAUUCCGACAACUGGGAUAGAAAGCAAAGUCAUUCGUCGAUUAUUUUUGCAAGGCGUCAAGGAAGGAAAUUCAACAAUACCAACGACAGGUUUGGAUCUGUCCCAUGUCCGAUCAGUCUCUGGAUCUUUUGUGGAAAUGCCUUCUUUGGAGAAGUUUAGACAUCUGCGUGUUCUCAACUUACACGAUUACCAACGAUUGGGAGAACAAAAUCUUGAAAAUAUAGUGAGGCUGUUCCAGCUAAGGUACCUGAGCUUCAGACAUAUAGGAAUAAGAAAGCUCCCAGAACAAAUUGGACGUUUAGGGUGCUUAGAGAUCCUGGACCUAAGAGAAACUGAUGUAAUGGAAUUACCUGCAUCUAUUGUUAAUCUCAGAAAAUUAUCACAUCUACUUGUUGAUGUUGGUGUUAAAUUUCCUGAUGGUGUUGCGAACAUGCAAGCAUUGGAGACGUUGAAAUUGGUCAGUGUCUCCAGACAAUCAUUAGACUUUCUGUCGAGCCUUGGCCAGCUGAAAAAUUUGAGGAAUCUGGUCCUUCACAUUAGGUUCAAUGUUAAUUCUGACACUGGGCAUACAAAUGUGAUUGGGGAGGUCAUCUCUUCCCUGUGUAAGCUAGGCACCCAGAACCUUCGCUCUCUGACUAUUAUGGAUUUGAGCGGCCUCUUACAGGAACCUUUGUGCCUGCCUACCCUCGAGAAACUUAUCAACUGCUCUUUAGCCAUCCCGCAGAUUCCGAAAUGGCUGAGCUCCCUCAAAAACCUCCAACAGUUAAUCCUUCAAGUGGAUGGAGUCAAGCAGGAUGACCUAUGCAUGCUUGGGGCCUUACCCACUCUGCUCAUUCUGCACCUCACGCAGAGAACAGAGUCAAGGAAUAAGCUCAGAAUAAGUGGUGAAGUUGGGUUCCGGUCAUUGGGGAUUUUUAUUUAUGAUGGAAAUGGUGUUUCCCCGGUAGCUCUGAUAUUUGCCGCAGGAUCCAUGCCCAAGCUAGAAAAACUCAAGCUUGUUUGCCACGUAAAUGAAUCUGACUCUCCGAGCUUUGGAAUCGAGAACCUCCCCUGCCUGCGUACUGUCAAAUGCUUUGUAAAUGGCAACGAUGGCAUUGUUGAAGCCGUAGAAACUGCCGUGGAGACAGCAGCAAGCACACAUCCCAACCACCCUAGUCUAGGCUUUUGGAAAGGUAACAGUAUAGUUUUCUCCCGACUGCCCAGCUUUGAUUAAACAAGCCAAGGCCCAGGAAAGGGGGAGUUGCCGCUGGACCUGUAAAUAUUUACCCGGUGCGUAUAUCAUCAGCAUGCUAAUAUAUCCUUCUCCCUUUUAUGAUGCAUGAACCGAUACAUUAGUAGUACUAUAUUAUUUAGUUUUUUUUAUAGAAAAGGAGGAUUAACCCCGGCCUCAGCAUAACUAUCUUAUUUAGUUGGUAGUAUAAUUUAUUUCUAGGUUAAGCAGCAGUCUCUUGCUGGUCAAGUAUAUGCAUUGAAUUGUCAUGAGUACUUGUUGGUCGGGCGACACCCAGAUUUGAACUGGGGAUAAAGGAUUUGCAGUCCCUUGCCUUACCGUAACAACAUCCAAGUUGCCAUCCAAAAAUGCAUAUGUUGUCUUGCCUCUCAAAGAUAAGUAUUCAAAUGUGUCUUAAUUUUGGUAGUUGUCGCUCCCAGCGCCAGAUAGCUGAUGCGCGCUUCAGAUAGACCACAAACUAGUGGUACACAUGUGAGGUUCUUGCACAAACUUUCCGCAUUCGCGUACGGGCCUUUUUCUUGUGGUGAUGGGAGGAAGAUGACAGGCCAACUAGUUGUGCUGUUGCUACACAUUGUGUAUACCUUGAAUUGGCUAGUGGUACAUUUUGAAGUUCUCUUCUAAAAGUGGUGUGUUAAUUAUUUGGUCCUGCCCAACUUUACUAGAACUAUAUAUAUCAUUUCUGUCUGCACUCCAUUAGAAAUGCAUUCUUAGUUAAAUAUUUCCUUCUGCAAGCAUAGACGUUCUUUGGCAAGGUUGACAUCAACCAAGGAAAUGCCUUUGUGCCACUGUCGCACUAUCUACACUUCAUGCGCUUCUCUCAUCUUUUACAGUUAUAUACAUGCUUGCUAUAUUUGUAUUGCUGCUACAUUUUGAUGUUAUCAAUUAUUAUUUUUUGCAGUGCUAGUCUCUAGAUGCUUCAGUAGCAGAUUAUUAUUUAUGUGUUUUCUCUAUUCGUUAAUGAGUUGCAUGGAGAUGAGGCAUCGGAUCACUACAACCUCUCUCUUGAGGAGACUAAGACAAUAUUACCCAAUUAAUUUGGAAGUAGAAACCAAGAACAUUAGAGUUGCUGCUAGAUGCUUCUGCUUACCUGUGAUUCUCUCCAUAUGCUUCAGUAACAGAUGAUAAAUUUUAAGUGUCCUGGCUGGUGUUGGAAUGGAUACCUCUCUGUUCGUGAAUGGACUGCAUGCAUGAAGACGAUGCUAAUGAUGCUUGACAUGGAAAUAAACUGCAGCAUGUCCUUGAAUCUUGCACUCAACUCGGCGAGAUGUAAAUAAUGCAGCACAGCAGCAGCACAAUUUUGCCAAAUUAAGUAUUACCAUCUCUGUCCGAUUCAUUUAGUUGUGAAAGCAUUGUACUGGUGGUGGAAUUUCAAGCUUGACCUAUGUUUGCCUUUGUUGGCUCUAAGAGAUAUUGUUUCUUGUUGGGAAACUCGUAUGAGAUGUUAAUUACUCCUUAAUUAUGGGCUAUAGCACUAGGGUCUGCUAGCAACAUUCUUCAGUUUCUUACAUUUUCAGUUGUUAGAG